CGUUCAAAAAUAUAUGAUAAACUUUUUUAUGGAGCAGGAGAGGGAGCAGAUGUCAUGUCUGAAAUCGUUAUGUCAACACAGACGAUCGAAAGAUGUUUUACUUUUCUGCUAAAAGAUUUUCAGAUUCUGACUAACGUUUAUAUAUUUACGUCCCUGAAGCUCAAGCUUGGCGGAGUGAAAUUCAAUCGAAUAUAUAUAUGAUUUUAAUGACAUUGACUUCUGCUCAAUGUUCAAGGUACUAAAAAAAAGUAACCACGCAGAAAUCUCUCGAAAAACAUCAGAAUUAGCAGUCGAUACGUUUAAUAAAACCUCAAAUAAAUUUAAUAGGGCUCAGACAAUUCAGGGGGACGAAGACCCUGCAUAUUUCUGGAUCUCCAUUUUUUCCUUUUUUUAUUUUCCUUUUGCGUAUUCCCGUCAAAUUGAUUAUCAAAAGCCUCGCAACUAUCGAUAAUCUCGCGCGCCGCGACUGCCGCGAGAUACAUGCUGGGGUUAGGGUGCACCUGCGCCCAUGGUGUUGUACGGUGGCGCCAUUCCUACGGCGUAGCGGCAAAUAUGCGAGGCAGUCGAAAGGGCAAACACGCUUGUCGUUUAUCGUGCUGCCUCUCGUGCGCGCGCGCAGCGGUCAGAGACACGCGAAAGGCUUACCGGUGUUGGAAGAGAGAUGGCACGAUAGGCGCUUCGUACGGGCGCGACGAGGAUCGAGCAUAGUCGAGCGGUCGGUUAGUCGGUGGAGUAGAGGUAGGUGCGGGUGGAAGGGACGCGAUCGUACGGGAGCGACGAGGAUAAAUGUCGCGAGUUAAACGAAGACGCGACACGUCACGGUAACGUUGGUGGGAGACGGCUACGGUCUUUGCGGUGAAUACGGUUGAAAGGGUAGUGGAGGGGUGACGGGAAGAGAUAGAACGCGAGCGGGAGAGAGAGAGAGAAAGAGAGAGAGAGAGAGAGAAAGAGAGGUAUUGCCAAGCGGCGCGCACGGCAUGAACGUCCAGUGGCAUGUCUCAAACACUCGGCAUGCUCGUAGCUGUGACGCGAGGUGGGUAGUACUCGUCGGAAACGAGAAAAUCGUCCGUCGCGUAUGAAACGUGAAAAAUUUGGUGUAACAUCGCGCGCAGAGAACUGGGAGUUAUUCUCGGACUGUGUUUCCCGCGAAGGUGCGAAAGCUAAGACCCGUCUCUUUCACCGAUCUCACGUACAUCGACGGGACAUCGUAACAGUUCGGACAGUCCUCGUCGUCGUCGUCGUCGUUGAUGUCGCGAGUGCGAAGUCAAACGGGAACGCGAGAGUUAUACGUUUGAGCAAGAGAAAAAGAAAAAGGAGACAGAGAGAGAGAGAGAGAGAGAGAGAGAAAACGGUAAAAGAGAGAGACUGCAGUCCUCUCGUGAGCGCGCCAAGAGUGAGGGCAACGUCGAGUUCCCACAUUCCUGCGUGCGAAAAACGUCAAGAUCCGCUGCUCGGCAUUAGCAUUACAGCCGCGGCUAAUGCAACGAGGAAAAGGGAACACGGUGAAACGUGCUUCGCCGCUGCCGCCACCGCCGCCGCUGCCGCAGCCGCUGUACGGAGCCGGCGAUAGCGCGCGUCGCUCGAAACGGGUCGCGGGCCGUUCCGCCACCGUCGUCGUCGUCGUCGUCGUUGCCGCCGUCGUCGCCGUCGCCGCCACAGCCACAACCGCAGUCGCAGUUACGGGAGACACGACGUCGCUGUAGCGUCGUUCGGUGGAGAGAUCGUGACGGAGCAACAACGGAGCGGCUGUCUCUCGGAGAGCCCGCUCUGAGAAACUCCGCUAUCAUCAGGUUAUCGGACCAUUAGGAUUACCGGUGCGCGUAGCGCCGAGGUUCGUGACUCGAGCGCGUGGCGUCGUGCGAACGGUGUAGACCUUGAAAGUGUCACUACGACGGGAACAGGAAUGGAGAUGCUUCCGUACUAUCCGGAGGGAUGAGAAGAGCGCGUGACGACUGACGGAUUCCGUGUUGCGACGUUGUUUCGUUCAUUGUCCGUGUGAACGCGCGAAAGAAUAAUAUACGAGUGCCCGGGAAAAUUUCCGAGAGAGGUGUUCUGUUCUUUUGUUUGUUCUUGUUUUCUUGUUGUGUUUCGAAGAGAGCUUCGAAAGAAGCACGCGGGCGGAGAGAUCGUGUCGUAAAACGCAAGAUUUCAGAAUCGGAGGGCGCCGUGAGAGAGAUUCGUGUGCGCGAGUGUGCGAGAACGAGGGAAGAAAGUAAAUAAAUAAUAAAUAAAGAAGAAGGUGAUUGCUCUCCGGUGGUUGGUGGUGACUGGUGGUGAUGAUACGCGAAGUGCACCUGAUCGAUGCACCCGUGCGAGCGCAAUACCACGACACCGUCGCCGUCGCUGCCGCUGCCGCUGUCGCUCGCCGCCUCGGGCUGCUCCUCGACGGCUGGCUGUGUUAACGGUGGAAUUCCGCUCGAGAGGAAUCUGAAGGCGGGGACUCUGACGUCACUCCGCUCAUGAUAAUGAGGUAUUCAUGAUGGCGGAGUAGUGCGCGCGAGCCAGAGAGAAAGAGAGAGAAAAGAGAGAGAGAGAGAAAGAGAGUACGCGCAUACACAUAUGCGAGUGUACGCUCCUGGUCUCGCUGCUCCUUCUGUGUGCCGUGUGUGUUACAAUACGGCUUAUCCGUCCUCGUCGCUCCAGAGGAACCGUCGCCGUUGGCCGUCUCGCUCGCUCCCCCCCUUCCCCUUUCCCCCGUCCACCUGCCCUUCUACGGUCGGGUCGCCCGUCCUCUCUGUCUCUCGUUCCUCCACUAUCCUUUCCCCACUUCUUCUCCGUCUCCCCCUCGCCGUCUACCUGUCUCGUUCUCUCCCGUUCUCCACGUCGCGGCCGUCGUGCGGAGCGUGCCGUAUAUGUGGCCCGAGAAGCGUGCGCCCGCGCGCACAGAUAUGCGCCCGUCGACCGCACGACGAUAGAGAGAGAGGUUUUGGAUGGAUUUAGAGCGCAGUGAAAUAUGCCAAGGAGACGGAAUGGGGAGAUACCGCUUCCGGAAGGGUGGGACGUCGCCCAGGACUUCGACGGGAAGGUGUACUUCAUCGAUCACAACACGCGGAAGACUACGUGGAUCGAUCCUCGAGAUAGGUUUACUAAACCCCAAACAUUCGCGGAUUGUAUCGGGAACGAACUUCCCCUCGGCUGGGAGGAAGCCUACGAUAAACACGUGGGCGCUUACUACAUCAAUCAUGUCAAUCAGACAACUCAACUGGAAGAUCCAAGGCAGGAAUGGCGAGCCAUUCAAGAGGCUAUGCUUCGCGAGUAUAUGCAGACCGCACAUGACGUACUCGAGGCAAAGAAGGAGAUCUAUGACGUAAAACAUCAAAGGCUCUGCCUGGCUCAGGAUGAGUACAAUCACCUCAAUAACGCCUUGACCACUCUUGGCGCAUCGCGUACAAGUUUGUGUUCCAGCUCAAGUUCCUUGAGUACCAAAUAUGACCCUGACCUGCUUAAAUCAGACGUGGCACUCGCAAGGAGCCGAGUUUCUCGACUAAAACGAGAACUCGAGCAAAUUCGAGCGGAGAUGAACUGCACGCAACGAGGAGUGGAUACUCUCGCCAGUGUGGAACAAAAAUUGAGCAGCCAUCAUGGUGGAUGCUACAAUAUCAUGGAGGCGCAAGCGAUUAUGACGGAGCUUCGCAACAUUCAGAAGUCUUUGAGCUCGGGCGAGAAGGAGAAGGCUGAGCUAAUGCAAUCGCUCGCGCAACUAAAGGAUGAACUGACCAGGUUGCAACUAUGCGAGGGCAGUCCGGAAGCUAGCACGCUUAGCUUGCCGCAGGAGAAGCUCAGCACAGCCUCCCAGACCGAUCUCUCGGGCGAGCUGGUACCGAUCGGCACCCGGCUGGCCGAAAUGGCGCGUAUGAGGCUGCAAUAUGAUGAGGCGAGAAAACAGAUUCAGCAUAUACAACAGCAGUUGGCGGAUCUCGAAGAAAAAGUGACGCCGGGUCAAACUGAGAGCGACAAGGACAAGCUGUUACUGUUCCAAGAAAAGGAACAAUUACUGAGGGAAUUACGUAGCAUCACGCCGCGCACAAGGACGCAACAGGACAUGAAGAAAAUCCAAUUGGAAAUCCGUAGGCUCGAGCAGGACCUUAAUACUGCGUUCGAGCUUUCGAACAAGACCAUCACCGAUCGCGUGCGACUUCACGAAGAGAAGCAACUGCUACUGCAGCAACUUAGGAAUGCGCUACGCUCAAUGGCAAUGUUGGAGGGUCAAUUGAAGACUCUGAGCGCCAGCACGUUGUCAGUGAGCAGCAGUUCCAGUCUCGGUAGUCUCAGCACGACGAGCAGCAAAGGUUCCCUUAGCUCCGGACUUAGUUUCACGGACAUUUACGGUGGUCCUCAGUGUCUGGGAUCGGCUAGCUUACAACAGGAACGACCGGUUGACAUGGUCGACCUUCACAGACGUGUCGAGAGACUGUUGCGCGGUUCCGAGCAGAACAAUCUUGUCGGCACACCUUCACCCGGCAGAUCUCAGCCCAGUCUCUCCCCAAGAUCGAGCUUGUCCAGUGUAAGCCCGCCGGUGUCACCGUUGUACGAAAAUGCGCCGAUGGGUCCGCCGCCUGCUUACGAGCAGGUGGAGCAGCAGAGGAGACAGUAUCAGAGAGCGGCACCUGCAGCGACGGCUGUAACGACAACGGCGACAGCGAUCAGUGGUACCGUCACGUCGCACCUGGACGGGACUCAAUUAGAGGACCGUUUGUCGGAGUUUAGGCUUAGUCAGCAGCAAGGAGUAGCGUCACAGCAAGAACAGUCGUGCUCCGUGAAUUCGCAGGAUCGUCUGAAACUUGUGGUUGGUCCCCAUCCGCCCGUCGAGUUGCAAUCGAGUAACAUGUCCCAAGGCAGUGGCCUGGGCAGGCCUGGCGCGAGUAGCGGCGGCGCGCAGUUGCAAUUGCAGCAGGUACCGCUAUCGUCCUUGCCGCAAGAGCCACUCCCCUUGUCGCCGAUCAGUGAGACGCCACCGCCUACCGGGAUCAGGUCGAGAGCCAGCAGUUCCGGUACCAACACCAGAUCCGUUUCCGCCGCGGUCUCUGACGAGAGCGUCGCAGGUGAUUCCGGUGUCUUCGAAGCGUGCAAUCGGAAAAGAUUGUCCGAGCCCAUUUCCGAUGUGGACCCAUUAGCUUCCGGCGAAAUGAGCCUAGAAACGGCGCAGGUGAAGAUUAAACUGAGGUAUUCAAAAAGCGACGAAUUACUUUAUGUUGGCAUCGAACGCGCAAGAAAUCUGGCCGCGCUUUUCAUACCCGAUAACGCGCAAGUGUACAUCAAAGCCGCCCUGCUGCCGAUGCAAUCGCUCGUCAAUCACAUGUAUUGCACGAAAUCCGUCGUGGACUUGCGAAAACCGACCUUCGGCGAGACGUUCCCAAUCGCCGUGCCGUUCAACAAAUUGUUCACGAAGACGCUGCAAGUGACACUUUGGUGUACCGAGGCCGAGAAAUGUUUGGGUUCUGCUCAAGUCUCGCUGGCAGACUUCAGUCCAGAAUCUUCUAGCGUGAAAUGGUACAAUAUACUCUCCUUCCGCUUCAUGCAACCGUCCGACAGUCCCGGUACCAGUACCAACGGCGCUUCUAUGAGCGUCAGAUUGGCGAAGCACGACAAGCAGGAGUCAGAUAUUUCGGUAUACAGAAACGCGCAGAAUACAAAAGAAGAAAGUAGUGACGAGAGUACGAUAAUCAGUUCCCAAACGUCCACCUUGACGAGGAAUCAAGGCUGCGACGAGCUGCAGACAGCCGUAACAUUGAAGUUGGAAGAACUGAAUUGUCGACGUAGCCCGGAAGAAGAAAAUGAGGACCAUGAUAGUGAAAGCGGGAGCGAGGGCAGCGACGAGGAAGGUAUUAUCGUGGAGUUUACGAUGGAGGAAAAUAUUCUAGAGGACGUUUUGGAGCACGAGGAAGAUGAAGAGUUGAACGAGGAAACAAGGCAAACACAGGACAAGGAAACAAACACUGAAUGCGUGUUUAUUCCGGAACAGGGCAAGCAAAGGAAACUCUCCGCGGCUGGCAUCGCACCCGGCGCUAUUCACGACGACAAAAACUCUUCUGUGAAAAGGAGCCAGACGUUCUCGCCGAGUGCGGCCGUCAGCAGAAAUCAUUAUAUCUGUCGGCUUAAUCGCAGCGACAGCGACAGCAGUAUGCCGCUUUAUCGUAGAGGCGGACCUUUCCAACGAAAUUCGGUGGAGAGACGUUCCUUGCGAUGGCGUCGACCGUCCUCCGCCCUCAGUUACAAAACUACGAAGAAGUCGUCUCAUUUGCCACCGACAGCGAGAACGUCGUUAGAUCUCGAAUUAGAUCUCCAGGCGCAGCAUGCUAGACUGAAUAAUCUCCAAGACGAGCUUAGUAGGUUACGGGAAUUGAAGCAACGAUUGGAACAAGCGCGCGAGAAAGGCGACACCGACCUAGCAACAUGGCUGCUGGAAGAUCAGAAAUUUCAAAAUCUCAUAGCGCAAGCCGAAAGUGGCAAGAACGGCAAGAGCCUCGAAGAUAAAAAGGUGGAGAAGAUGUUGAAGAAAACUUCAAAAGAGAUCUACAAGUUAAGGAAAACGAAGGCUGGGAAGGGAAAGCCUGACAUAAUUUCCUUCAAAGAAAAAAUGGCUUUCUUUACGCGGGGGAAUCUAAACGUUCCUGUUCUACCGCCUGAGGAGUUUGGAGCUGAAGGCUCCACGUGUUCUGCGACAUCGCACACACACAGAAAGUACGCGUCGGAGCCCGUCACCAGCGCUCACGGUUUUACGAAUUCCUCGACAACGCGGUCAAACAGCGUUCCCGGUGGAAGUGCAUUGCCCAUCUCAAAGAGCGGCGGCGGUGUCGUGGAUCGAAAUAUCGUCGUCGUGAUUGCCAACGAGGAAGAGGCCGCGUUGUCCAACGCCGACAGUAAGUCCGUGAACGCUAAAGGUCGACCGGCGGCGGAGACUACUGGCGCGCGAAGUUCGACGGCGGAAAACGGCGAGAGAGAGGCUUUACCGAAGUCUGCCGAGAAGAAUGGUAAUGGAGAGCCGAAGAGGUACGAAUAUGUCGUUGAUCGGGUCCUCGGUGUGGAAGUAUGAAGGCCGGAAAAUCGUGCAUGUUCCAAGCUAUCGCGCGACGAAGCUGCAAUUGCGCGUUCACAGAUGUGUUCCUCUUUGAAUUUAAAGUAGCAGGAAGACGGGGAAAGACGAGAGAGAGAGAAAGAGAAAGAAAGAUAGCGAUCACAAAACCGCUGUCUCCUGACUCUGAAUCCCAGGUGCCAUGCGCAGAUUGUAAGACACGCACAUUAAAGAAGUUCGAAAGGAUAAGAAAUGCAUCAAAGAUAUAUUGCCGUUGACCAAAUUGCAUGCAGCGAAGACGUAGCCGAUGAUAUAUAACUGAUGACCAGUAAUGAUCGCGGUGCAUGUGCCAAUUCUGGGUAUCAGAAGCAACCUUUCGACGAACGCAGCAGCGAGAAUUACGCGCGAACGCGAGCGUGAUUGUGUGUAUAUAUACAGAAACGUAAAUUAUUUAAACGAUACUCCCUACGAUAGGCUAUUUAAUUGUGUUUAACCCAACUCGUCCGAGUCCACGUCGCGAGAAUCGCGACCGCGACACCCUCGCAUGUCGCGUCGUUCGUUCCCUCUGUGCGUCGGAGCACAUGACCCACCGAGCAGCUGGUCUGCGACUUGAAAGUCUAACGGGAGAAGGCCGCGCCCAGGUUGACUAGUGAAUUUCGCUUCGAUUUCGGCGCUGUUUUUUUUUUUAUAAUGCGUUUGGUUUUUCCUAGUUCUGAGUUCCCGGAUCGCGAAUAAAUCCAGUGGAAAUAAAUAUCCAAACGUCCUUCACGCGUAUUGAUUCUGACGACAUAAUUCUAAAAAAUAACUUCAAAAUUUAAUUAAACCAAAUUCUUCGCUCCGGAUUUUACAUCUUUUUUUUUUAUUUGAUCAGAUUUUUAUCAAAACAUUUCAUCAAAUGAAAUGUUUGCGCAAGUUCUGCUUGCUAAUUUUCUAUAGCAAAUCAAUCAGCUGCAACUUUAUUUUUACUUCUUUAGUUUUAGCUAUGGAGUUUUCAAAAUUAUUACAAUAUCAAUAAUUGUUAUUUCUGGCAAAGUUGUAGAAACAGACUGCCUUGUCCCAAUCGUUCUCGGACGAACGUUGGCGUUGACCAUCGUCCGGGAUUUUGGGUUGUGCUACUUUUUGAGACCAUAAGUGCCAGGGAAUUGGAAGGACGGGGUGGAUCGACCAGGAGGUCAUGUUGUCGUUUUCGGCGAUCUAGAUGUAGAACGACAUCAUAAUCUCUGUUUGUCUCGAACCGCGCGAACCACUCCUCCACCAAUAGAUCGUGCAACAAUGUGCCUUAUUGUUGAAUUAGUCGUGCGGGGAAAGCGCCGCGAGUAUAUAUACAGGGUAUCCGAUACAAGAUAUCGUGAUACAAUUGACGAGGAGAUGAUUCUUCUGCAAUAAACAAGUGAAAGAUAAUUUUUCCUUGAGAAUUACAUAGUUUUUUUUUUAUGUAAUUGUAAUAUAUGUAUUAUGUAAUUACGCCCGUAUUGAUACUAACGUGAGAGUAUGAUUAAACUACAAUUAUUUGUAAUGAACCUCGGUAGUUGUAUCACGAUUUGCUGGGACAAUAUGCACUCUCUAAUCGUUACGUUGCUCGUGUUAUCACACUGUGGUUGCAUAUGAGCAUUCAAACAGAAGCGCGACAACUGAAAAUACUCAUUUCCGCAAAUAAGCGACACUGUUGUGACGAUUUGAAUUAAUCAUAAGAUGUUUUUUAAGAUAAGAUAAGAA